AGGAGUGAACCCCUCCGUAAUCUGAACCCCGUGUUACGGUAAAAUCAGCACCUGCUCGUUUCCGGUUCUUGCACGCAACGUCGCCGCUGACGUAUUUCCGGUUAUUCUGUCGAGAUGGUCAUGGCGGAGGGCGCUGCAGUUCUUAGGAGGAAUCGGCCUGGAACCAAGGCUAAGGAUUUCUAUAACUGGCCGGAUGAAUCUUUCGAGGAGAUGGACAGCACCCUGGCCGUUCAGCAGUACAUUCAGCAGAACAUUCGGUCGGACUGCUCCAACAUCGAUAAGAUCCUGGAACCUCCAGAGGGACAGGACGAGGGGGUGUGGAAAUACGAGCACCUCAGACAGUUCUGCCUGGAGCUCAAUGGACUGGCUGUAAAGCUGCAGAGCGAGUGUCACCCUGACACCUGCACACAGAUGACGGCCACAGAGCAGUGGAUCUUCCUGUGCGCCGCCCACAAGACACCCAAAGAGUGUCCCGCCAUCGAUUACACCAGACACACGCUGGACGGAGCUGCCUGCCUACUGAACAGCAACAAGUACUUUCCCAGCAGGGUGAGCAUCAAGGAGUCGUCGGUGGCCAAGCUGGGCUCGGUGUGCCGCCGGAUCUACAGGAUAUUCUCCCACGCAUACUUCCAUCACCGGCAGAUCUUCGACAAGUACGAGAACGAGACGUUCCUGUGUCACCGCUUCACGCGCUUCGUCAUGAAGUACAACCUGAUGUCCAAGGACAACCUGAUCGUCCCCAUCCUGGAGGAGGAGGUCCAGAACGCCGCCCCCGCCGGCGAGAGCGAGGCCUAGCGGGCUCUCAUGUACAGAUCCCAGUGGAGACCCCCCCAUUCUGCUCAUAUCCAAAUAUAUAUACAUAAAUAUUUACACACACACACUACAGCAUAUUACCACUCUGCGCCCCCCCCUUGUGUCCAGCACUGUCUGCGGGUCCGGACUCAUCCUCAGGUGUUCUGGUCCUGGGUGGGAUGAAUUUAGCCCCCCCUCACCCCCAGUUUUUGUUUUCUAAAUGGACUAAAUGCAUUUUGUAACUGUCGACAUUUUCAUGUCUGUUAAUAAAAAUGAGUUAUUUAGAAGAGGGCUGCGAGCGCCAUGA